AUGUUCUUCCUUCACAACCUCGAGCGGCGCGUCACGCUGCAUCCCUCGUACUUUGGGCGAAACAUGCAUGAGCUCGUCACAACAAAACUGGUCAAGGACGUCGAGGGGACAUGCGCUGGCGAUUACUACAUUAUUGCCAUUAUGGAUACAUUCGAUGUAUCCGAGGGUCGCAUCCUCCCUGGGAGUGGCCUCGCCGAGUUUACCGUGGGCUAUCGCGCCGUGGUCUGGCGGCCGUUUAAGGGCGAGGUGAUUGAUGCGAUUACACAAACCGUAAAUCCUCACGGUUUCUUCGCACAGGCCGGCCCGUUGCGGCUGUUUGUUUCUUCACAUUUGAUGCCGGACGAAAUCCAAUACGACGCCAGCGCCACGCCGGCGCAAUUUACCAACAACGCCGACAUCGUGAUCGAGCAGGGGACACACGUGCGUGUCAAGAUUAUCGGGUUGCGGACCGAGGUCGGCGAGAUGUGGGCCAUCGGCAGUAUCAACGGUGAUUUCCUAGGGUACGUACUCGUGCUUGACUACACGUUGAGGAUAAUUGCGAUGUUAACCGUCUUGAUACUGCAGCUGCCUCCAGGCAUAAUAUCCCGGAAGCAGACCAUGGCUUGUUAA